UAGUUGUCACUUAAACGGGGAACCCGCAACGCGUUGAAUUGACACAAAAAAAAAAUUACAUUUUAAAAUUCCAUUUCCUAAACACAGUAAUAAUUGGCAUUCGCACUUCGAUUUGCAAUGUAUACCAUACAAAUAAUUUGUUUUUUGGGGUUGUUGUCCGCGAUUAUGGCGCAAAAUGCCUGCCUUACACCAAAUCUUGAGCGCGGCCUGUGUGUUCCGUACAAAGAGUGUCGCUAUAUAAUUGACUUAAGUUUGAGAUAUCCAAAUGGACUUCCAUCCAAUGAAAGGGAUUAUGUGUUUCAGUCAAGGUGUUCCUCCAACAAUGAGCCGCUACGCCUUUGUUGUACCAUCCCAGCCAAUGUAGUAGCGCCAACACCUACCAAAGCAAGUGAACCAGAUCAGGAACUUAAUCCAAAUGCUGACUUUUUAAGCCAAUUAAAUCCAGAAGGUUAUGCAAUUCUAGACAGCUUGUCAUGUGGUCAAGUUCAAGGUGACAAAGUUGCCGGUGGCACUGAGACAGGUCUUUAUGAAUAUCCUUGGAUGGCUUUGCUAAGUUAUGACGCCCCCGACGAUCAAUUCAAAUGUGGCGGCUCAUUGAUAAGCGAUCAAUUUGUUUUGACAGCAGCUCAUUGUGUCAAUGUCAAUGUGGCACCAUUGAUCGGUGUACGCUUAGGCGAACAUAACAUCGAUACAUUUGAAGAUUGCAUGACAAGAGGAGAAAUUCGUGAAUGUAAUCCGCCAGUGGAAGACUAUGGCAUUGCUAACACAUUCCAAUAUAACUUCAACUCCAGAAAGCGUAUCAAUGAUAUAGCCCUAAUCAAAUUAGAUAGGAAGGUGGUGUUCAAAAAACAUAUAAAACCCAUAUGCUUGCCCAUAACUCCUGACUCUAGACGAUUUAAUAAUCAAAAUGAAGACUUUAUUGCAGGUUGGGGAUCCACUGAGCAAGGUGUCAAAUCAAAUGUCCUGCUAAAAGCCACCGUAAACAGUCUGCCCUUAUCCACAUGCCAGGAGCGUUUCGCCAUUGACAUUAGCCCAAAGAAACAUUUAUGUGCUGGCGACUUAAAGACCGGUCGCGAUAAUUGUCGUGGCGAUAGUGGUGGACCUUUGCUGCAAUUCACCAAGUACAAAAACUUUAAACGUUUCAUACAAUACGGUAUAGUGGCAUCUGGUGGUACUGCCUGCGAUUUGCGUCAGGCUUUUCCUGGCAUUUACACAAAUGUUCUCAACUACUUACCCUGGAUAACAAAUAAAAUUGUACUUUAGAUAUAAUUAAAUGUUUAUAUUUUUUUACUUUUAUACACAAUAAUUUAAUAAA